AUGUCGACAAUUUACUGGAAUGCGAGAGGUAUUGCGCGGAAUUCCUUCAAGCUGAAUUUUCGCCAUAUUAUCAAUGAUCAUCAUCCUGACAUUGUUGUUCUUGCGGAGACCCAUGCUAGUCGUAGGACAACCACCAAAAUUGUCCAAGCCUUACCCUUCGAUAAUUGGCACCUUGUUGAUCCAAUAGGCUUCGCGGGUGGAAUUCUGAUUCUUUGGAAUUCAACUCGGGUCCAUCUCACGAUUUUACGUGAGAAUUUCCAAAGUAUAACUGCAUUGGUGGAGGUACGUGAUAAUACUCCCCCUUUUAUAUUAACUGCUGUUUAUGCUAGCCCACGUUUCAAUACUCGCACUUUACUAUGGUCAAAUUUAUAUGAUAUGGCUGAAUCGAUUGAUUUACCUUGGAUUGUUUUUGGUGAUUUCAAUGAAGUAACAUGUCAAGCUGAAAAAUGGGGUGGAAACCCGAUUUCGAAAUCUCGCACUGACCUUUUUAAUAAAAUGCUCAAUGAUUGUCAUUUAAUUGAUCUAGGCUUCUCGGGGCGAGAUUCACAUGGUCGAAUAAAAGAAACAUGCACCCAUUCAGAGAGGCUAGAUAGAGGAUGGCUAAUGACUAUGGUUCUCAAAUUCCCAAACUGUUAA